AUGUACAACAGCUACCAGAAUGUGGACAAAGAGAUCAGCGAAAGGCUGUUGAAAGUGCAAGCGAUCUGGUUCCAGGUCCAAUGGCAAGUCAGAUUCCUCAAGCACAUUCAUACGGUGUUAGACAAGGAGUUUCGGAUGGUGCAAGACCGGAUACUCGGACAGCUGGUGGACAAAUUGAAGGCGGCGAUGAGCGAAGUUCAGAAACUCGAAAAGAGGCAAGGUCGUACUGACCCCGACCAGAAAGCGACGAAGGACACGCAAUACAAUAAGUGGAAGUAUCCUUUGAUCAAGAAGGGUUUGGAUGCGGCCAUAGGCGAGUUGAAGGAGUGGCAGGGACAUUUCGACCCGAGUUGGUUCCAUACCAUGCGGAUAUCGCACAACUUGAUUGACACCGGACUAAAGCGAAGACUGUCCGUGACUGCCUCAGGAUGGAUACACAAACGGGGUUCUAUGCUCUUGAAAGCGGGAGAAACGUCAGACUACGUCUACACGGCAAUACCGUACUCGACUGCAUCUCUCUGCCAGCGCAGCUCCAAACCCCUGCUAAUAGCAGACCCUGUUCCCGUCACACCAGGCAUCGCUCUCGACAUUCAGAACAGAGAUGUGCGCGAUCUCGCCCACAAGCUCAAAGACACAGACCCGAUAAGCUUAUGCUUGCUCAAAUGCCGCGGCGUUGCUCGCGUCGUACGCUUCCGCCUCGCACAGCAGCUAGCGCGAUCGUUGAGCUACGUUCACAUGUACGAGUUCGUGCACAAAGGCAUCCGCCCCGAAACAGUCCUCAACUUUGACAGCAGCAAGACCAAGCUCGCACACUCGUUCUUGUUUGGCUUCGAGAAGUUUCGCGCAGAUGCAGGCCGAACAUCAAAAUUUAGUGACUCCGCUUGGGAGAGAGACCUGCAUCGUCACCCACAACGCCAGGGAUUGGCACCAGGGGAAGCAUACAAGAUGCAGCACGACAUCUACAGCCUCGGUGUUUGCUUGCUAGAAAUCAGAAUGUGGCGCACACUCGUCACAUACGACAGCACGAAAAAAGCGAUAUCGUCGCAACUCUUACCGCCGCCAGGCUACAGCAAGAAGAACGAAGUGACCAAAGCUACACCGCUCAAGGAUACGCUCGUAGGGAUUGCGCAGCGCGAACUACCUAGUUGUAUGGGUGAUAAGUAG